CUCCGCCCGUGAUUGGCUGCGAGAUCCGUGCUCCCGCCUGUGAUUGGCCGCUCGUUGUUUCCGGGGCUCCGCCGUGCGCUCACUGACGUUUCUGCUCGGUGUGCCCCGAGACAGACCGGAGAGAAUGGCUGCCAGUGGAGAGGUAGGGAAGCUGUCACAAGUACAAAAUGGGACGCCUCCAACGACCAACUACAACGGGGUAGAUGCUGUCCACGCCUGCAACCUCCUUCAGCAGCUCAAAGCCUUGUACGAUGAAGCACAGCUCACAGACAUUGUUGUAGAAGUGGACCAUGGCAAGACUUUCUCCUGUCACCGAAAUGUCCUUGCAGCCAUCAGUCCAUAUUUUAGGUCCAUGUUCACCAGUGGCCUUACAGAGAGCAGCCAGCGGGAGGUCAGAAUAGUUGGGGUGGAAUCGGAAUCCAUGCACCUUGUCUUAGACUACGCCUACACAUCCAGGGUUUUGCUCUCCGAGUCCAACGUCCAGGCCCUAUUCACUGCAGCCAGCAUUUUCCAGAUUCCUGCACUGCAGGACCAGUGUGCCCAGUUCAUGAUCAGCCGGCUUGACCCACAGAACUGUAUUGGGGUCUACAUGUUUGCUGAUGCCUACGGGCACCAGGAGCUGAGGGAACGCUCGCAGGACUACAUCCGCAAGAAGUUCCUUUGUGUGUCGUGGGAGCAAGAAUUCCUCCAGAUGACCAAGGAGCAGCUGGUCAGUAUUUUGAACAAUGAUGACCUCAACGUGGAGAAGGAAGAGCACGUCUACGAGAGCAUUGUACGCUGGCUGGAGCAUGAUCUACCCGGCCGCCAGGCCCACCUCGCUGAGGUUUUUUCCCAGUGCAUCCGUCUGCCCUUGCUGGAAGAGGCCUUCCUCAGUCGGAUACCUGCCCCCUUUGCUUGUGCCCUUUCCCUGUCUAAAGACCCUGCUGAGGCCAAAGCCCGCCUCACCGGCACCAAUGGAUGCCCACAGCGCCUGGGUAUGACUGCUUCUGAGAUGGUCAUCUGCUUUGACGCCGCUCACAAACACUCAGGGAAGAAGCAGACGGUGCCUUGCCUGGACACAGCCACAGGACGGGUGUUCAAGCUCUGCAAACCACCCAAUGAUCUCCGGGAGGUCGGUAUCUUGGUGUCCUCGGAGAACGACAUCUACAUCGCCGGCGGCUACCGACCGAGCAACAGUGAGGUGUCGAUAGACCACCGAGCAGAGAGUGACUUCUGGCAGUAUGAACAUGCAGGCAACCGGUGGCUUCCACGCGCCCCUCUGCUGAGAGCGAGGAUAGGCUGCAGGCUUGUGCACUGCUGUGGAAAGCUUUAUGCACUGGGAGGCAGAGUUUAUGAAGGUGAUGGUCGGAACGCGUUGAAGUCGGUAGAGUACUACGAUGCCAGGGACAACUGUUGGACAGCAGUCAGUCCCAUGCCCGUUGCCAUGGAGUUUCAUAGUGCUGUGGAGUACAAAGACCGAAUCUAUGUCCUCCAGGGUGAAUAUUUCUUCUGCUUUGAUCCCCGUAAGGACUACUGGAGUCAUCUGGCCCCUAUGAGUGUCCCUCGGAGUCAAGGCCUGGCUGCCUUGUACAAGAACUGCAUCUACUACAUUGCCGGCAUCUGCAGGAACCACCAGCGCACCUUCACCGUGGAGGUCUACGACAUUGAGAAGAACACUUGGAGCCGCAAGCGAGAUCUCCCCUUUGACCAAGCCACAAGCCCGUACAUCAAGGCCAUGCUGCUACAAGGCAAGCUACACCUGUUUGUGCGAGCCACACAGGUCAUGGUGGAGGAGCACGUGUUCCGCACCAGCCGAAAGAACUCCCUUUACCAGUACGACGACAAGGCAGACGCUUGGACCAAAGUCUAUGAGACACCGGACCGCCUCUGGGAUUUGGGUCGCCAUUUUGAAUGUGUGGUGGCCAAACUGUACCCACAAUGUCUCCAGAAAGUGCUUUGAGGUCGCUCAUUUUGCGAACCCAAUCUAUGAGGCAGACGGAGUAGUGUGGUCCUGCCUGCCUUGUGCCUGGUGUUACCCUGGGUUUGCACCACAAGGGUCAUUUUUGGUUAAGUCUUAAGUCGUUCAAACUUUAGUUUAACAUGAUCAAAAUGGGGGUGCUUUUAAAGAUUGCAGUAUUUUUUUUCUCCCAGACAGCACCAACUACCCAAACCGAUGCUUGUUUAACAAAAAACGUACAAUGAAUCAUAAGUGCAAUUAUCCUUUUUUUGCUUGUUGUUGAGCCAUUUUGUUCUCUUUUUUUGUUUUAGAUACAUAUAUAUAGGUAAGGAUUUUUGCAGAUGAAAAGCAUGCGAAUGAGGGUAUAGACAGGAUUAAAGUGCCCCCUUGCGAUGUGUCAGCAUAAAGUGAAAAUCUAUAUAUAUAAAUAACUAUAUAAACUAUAUAUUCAUACGGGUAAGAUGAGUACCAUAGCUCAUUAGUAGGUUGUUGGCUCUGAGGUUUGUGUGUUGUUUUUUUUCUUUCUAUUCUGUGCUCAAGUCUUAGUUUUAAAUUGGAAGUGUGCUUGUGAUUUACAUUACCCUAGUGUUUUUGAAGCUUGAAUAAUAUUUUUUAUGGCCCUCUCUUCUUUCAUGAACGUCAGUGUGUCAAACAAUACACUUUGUGUGGCUUCCAAGCUAUUUUUUUUUAAGUUUUGUUUGAGAUUCCAGUUGCAUGGGGGCUCAUAACUCCCGCUCUUUGAGUUGGAAUCCAUUUUGUGUCACAUGCAAAGACAACUUUAGUGAAAUGCUAGAAUACACAUUCUCCACAUUGGAGAAAUACGGACGGGGGGGUCAAAUUUGUGACAACACUAAGUGGAACGUUCAGACCAACUAACAGGCUUACCUCAGAAACUUCAGAGAUAUUUGAUUAGGAGAAAAGGGACAUUUCAGGCCAAUUGUGUUGAUGAAGCAACUGUGUGAAAAGCUCAGCAUUGAGCUCCGGUGAGGUUGUUUUUUCGACAUUGGAUUAUACAUUGAAAAAAGGUUGAAAGAGCCUUCCUCUUAAAUGCCAAAAAAGAAGAAGAAAGCAUUUGAGGUCUUGUUAAAGUUGAUCUGGACAUUGGAAAGAAUCUGUGGUAGCAAUAACUCAUGGAACUGUGAUUAGGCUGUAUUAUGCUAUAUUACCUUAGUCAAAGUGCAUUAAUUGUGUCGUCUGUCUCUGCUAGUGAAAAUCACAUGGGUUCCAAUAAUGAUUGUUUGGCUGUUGCAUGGGUGCAGGCUUGAAGCGAUGUGUCAUUUGGUGCAGAUUAUUAGGGAUGCCAAUGUGCCUGUGGCUAAGAAAAAGUGGCAUCGGAAUUGAAGAACAGUUCACCUUCUGAUGAGAAGCAUCUGAAAAGUCUUAACUCUGCGUUGCACUGAAUCACUCUCCACUUCAUCGGUCCUUAACUGCAAACUUUACCAAGCACCCUCAAACAGACUAUGAACACGAGGGUGGCCCCGGUUGUGUGCUCGUUCAUCUGCCGGCCGUGAAUCUGUCUUUACAUGCCAUCACACGGAGGACACUAACUGUUGGUGCUGCUUUUUUAUGUUUGUAUUUUUUCUUUUUCUUUUUUUGACAAUCUUGUAUAGAAGAAGUAAUACCACCACUGAGUGGCGUUCCCUGUCAAAGUGUGACGUUUUUCAAUGCCGUCAAUUUCCUCAUGCAGGUUCCUGUGUCAUCUUUGCACUACACAUUUCCCCUUGUAUCUCAUCUGAACAGAGUGCCCCUCUUGCAAAAGCAGGUUUUAGUAACCGUAUAGCAAUCAGCUGAAGAGAUUUACAUGGAAAUGAAUACUAGAAGAGUCGCAUUCAGAAAGGACUUGAGGAUAUAACUUCUCCAAGAGAAGAUCCACGGUUGACUGACUUUGAGCUGACUCUUAAAUUGACCCAGCUUGGAACAAUGCCCUCAAAACCGCCCUCAUCACUGGCGAGAGAAGGUUUGAGCUUCAUCCACAUGUCUGCAGACGGCCAUUUGAGAACCAGGAACGGAGAACUCUCAGGAUUUCUACUGAUACACAGUACUGUAUUUAAAUGUUUUUGUUGUGUAAUAUACUGUACUAUAGGUUUGCUGUACUUGCACAGUUUUUUAAAACUUCAGUUUCUUUUAUAACUUGAAAAAAAAAUAGAUGUGAUUUUUCUUUUUUGUUGUCUCCAGUGGCUGUCCCCCCCCCCCCUCUUAUGUAUUUACCUAUUUAGUUAUGGUAGAGUAAUCCUGCUCUGUUGAGAAAGAAAUGAUUAUCCACACGAGUGAUGCCUUUUUAUUUUUUCUCCCUCUCCUCUGUAGUACAAAAGCAUUUCUUUGUCACAUCACCGAAACGUAGUCAUUACAGAUCAAAUUUUUUUUUUGUCACGCCACUUCUCUGUUAAGUCGUGUCUCAAACACCAGUCAUGUGAUACAACAAGCUAUGAAACUCCUGUGUUCACGAGUCGGUGGCCUCGGGCUGCCGUACACAUAGCUUAUCCUGGUCAUCUACAUGCGUCACCUAUGGGUGCUAUUCCAUUGUGUUCGUCAUGCAUUUCCCUCCUCACUUUUGACCUCUGCUGGUUUUGUCCGUUUUGGGUUUUCGGGGUUGUUGUUGGUUGAGCUCAACUGUGAAAUUCACAUUGCACAUAAUUCCAAAAUAAAACUAUUAAAAAGUG